AUGUCAAAGAUAAAUAAAAAUUUGAAAAGAAAAAAUGAAGAAAAAAAUUUCAAUGUAAAAAAAAUAAAACAAAAUGAGGAACGAAAAAAAAAAUUAACAAAAGAUCAAGAAAGAAUAAUUGAUAUUGUUGUUAAAAAAAGAAAACCAGUAUUCAUUACUGGGUCAGGUGGUUGUAGAAAGAGUUAUACAUUAAAUUAUUUGAUUGGUGUAUUGUAUAAAAAAAUCGGAAAGGAUAAAAUUGGUGUUACAUCUUCAACUGGAAUAUCUUCAUUGAAUAUAAGGGAUAGUAUCACAUUACAUAAAUAUACAUGUAUCGGAAUUAGAGAUAAACCAAUUGAAGAUUAUAUUAAAAAGAUAAAGGAAAAUCGAUAUUUACAUGAAAGAUGGCUGAAGACUGAAAUAUUAAUAAUUGAUGAGAUAUCGAUGGUAGGUGAUAAAACGUUUGAUUUCAUUGAUGAACUUGGACGUAGAAUACGUGGAAAUAACAAACUAUUUGGGGGAAUUCAACUUGUGGUAUCAGGUGAUUUUGCUCAAUUGAGACCCAUAAAAGAGAAAAAUGCGUUUUUGAGUAAAGUUUGGAAAGAGAUAGAAUUUGAAAAG